GGUUUCUGAGCCUGUUCCCCAAUCUGAACCAGACCAAUGACCUUGACCUCCCAGCGUCCUGAGCUGUCAAGGUGAGCGGCGGGCUGCAGACAGAUUCCUGAGGAGCUUGCCUCGAGGCCCUGGACACAGUAGGUGUUCAGGAAACAGGAGCGCGCUCAAUGAGGUCGUCGAUGGUUUGUCCCUCAGGCUUUGGCACACAGGAAGCCAGGAUGGGGAUCCGGGGUUUGCCGUCCUCCGGGUCAGGGGCCUGACCCAAGAGACAGACCUCCGCAGCUCAGCUUGGUUUCCCGUGAACAGCAAAGUCCCCAGGGUUGUGCUUAGGGGCGAGCGAGUGUGAGGAGGCCCAGCCUGGAACGGGGGGCUGGACGCCAGCCGACUUUCCCCUUACCCUGUCUUCGGUGGCUUCUGAGGGGUUCUAGUGCACAAUGGGGACUUCCCGGCAGGACAGAACUGCAUAGGUCAAGAUCGGAGCCUCGAUUUUGACAUUGAACAUGACCCCUUCAGCGAUUAGUCUGCCUCCCCUUUUUUGAAGAACGCCCUAACCCCUGGAGUCUAAAAAGAGAGUUGGGCUCCAUCGUGGGUGCUGGACACAGCCAGGCCCAGAGCCGCAGCCGCAGCUUGGCCCCUGGGAUCGGCAUAGUAAACCCCAGGUGGCGGGCGAUCCGGUGGUCAUGGACAGCAGGUGCAGAGCCGGGGGUAGGGAAUGAGCCAUUGGUAUUGAACUUGACAUUGACCAACAGCCCUCUCUCCAGAUUGAGCAGUCCCCCAGCCCUGCCAAGAAGUUCAUGAGGAUCCCAGAACCUGUCACAGUACAUACAUAGGUUCUUGGAAAAUAUUGAUGGAACCAGUAUGCAAAUUAUUUCACCCCUAGCCGAGAAAGGUCCCGAAAGUCCUUCCACUUCAGUGCCAGAUGUCACCCUGCAGCUGCUGGAGGGCAUUGAGGUCUGCAGGUGCACCCCCGCCCCCUUCUCUACCUUGUCAAGUUGCUGAGAAUCCCUCCAUUUUGCAAUGAGACAACUAAGGCUCAGGGAGGAAUAUGACCUGCCACCAGUCAUAAGACUAGUAAGUGGCAGAGCCAGUAUUCAACCCAGAACUGCCUAAUUCAGAAGCCCAAGGUCUUUCUUCUGUAGCCUCCUCCUUUCAAGGUGGCAGUGUUUUCUCCCCAUCCCACAGAUGAGUAAAUGGAAGCUCUAGAAAAGGAAGCCAGUGGUCCCAGGGCACACAGUGGGUCAGCAACUGAGCCUGCUUGUAUGGCCGGAGGACCCUUCCUGACCGAUGAAGCCCAAUUUCCCUAUUUUACAGUUGGAGAAACUGAGGCUCAAAAAGACACGACCGAGGUCUGAGGGGCACGGUUUUUUGUUGUUGUUGUUGUUUUUGGUAACGAUUUUAUUGAAACGUAAUUCACUUACAUACAACUCACACGUGAAAGUGUGCAAUUCAAGGGGUUUUAAGUAUAUUCGUGGAGUAGCGCGACCAUCGUCCCAAUCGAGUUUAGAACAUUUUCAUCUCCAUGUCCUCCGGCUGCAGUUCCCAACUCCCAUCUCCCCAGUCCUGGGCACCACUAGUCUACUUUCUCAAUUUAUGGAUCUGCUCAUUCUGAACAUUUGAUGUAAAUUAUAUAGUAUGUGGUCUUUUGUGUCUGGCUUUUUUCACUUAGAAUGUUUUCAGGGUCCCCCCGUAUCGUAGUGUGUGUCAGUGUUUCAUUUCAUUACUGGGGAGUUAUUCCCGUGUGUGGACAUAACCACAUUUUAUUUAUCCAUGUAUCAAUUGUUGGAUAUUUAGUUUGUUUCCAUUUUUUGGACUAUUGUGAAUAACGCUGCUAUGAACAUUUGUGUACACGUGUUUAUGAGAACACAUUUCUCUCAGGAAAUAUUUAGGAGUGGAGUUGCUGGAUCAUAUGGCAACUUUUAAACAUUUAAGGAACUACCAGACUUUUGAGGAGAGGGGCCAGUUUCUUGGUGUCCUCGUCAACACUUAGGUUCUGGUUUGGGGCUUUGUAUUUUACAUUAUUAUAGCCAUCCUCAGUAGGCGUGAAGUAUCUCAUCGUGGUUUUGAUUAGCAUCCUUGAUGGCUAAUGAAGUAUCCUUUCGUGCACAUCUUGGCUGGUACAUCUUUUUUGGAGAAAUUUCUAGAUCAUUCGCCUACUUUUAAACUGGCUUGUCUUUAUCAUUGAGUCACGAGGACUCUUUAUAUAUUUGACGUACAAAUUUCUUAAAUACGUGAUUUGCAACUAUUUUUUCCCAUUAGUGGAUUCUCUUUUCACCUUCUUAGUGUCCUUUCAAGCACAAAAGCUUUUAAGUUUGAUGAAAUUCAGUUUAUCUUGGUUUACCCUUUUGUUGCUUGUGUUUUCUGAGCCUGUUUUGAAAAACAAGUAACCUCGGAGCUCCAGCUCCUCUCGCCAUGCUGACUCGGUGCUGAGAGGCAGUCAUCUCUUAGUUACCGAGUUUUGGACUCUGGAGCCAGACAGCGAGCGUGCAAGUCCUGGCUUACUCAGCUGUGACCUUGGGCAAGUUAGGCAUUCUGUGCCUCGGCUUCAUCUGUGAACUGGCGCUCAUGUCUGCAGUGCUGUGAAGCAUGAGGCUCCUGAGGCCCAGGGAGCACGCGCGCAAGGGCCCACCCGUCCCUGGCACCUCUGACGUUGCUACCCACAUCUUGUCCCUGCAGGUUCGGGGCGCCUGCCCCCCACUAGGACAAGUGGAGGGGGUGUCCCCGCCCAAUGGGCCUGGCCAGGGCCCUGCGCCGCCUUAGCGGCGCCCUGGAAUCGGGGGACAGCCGGGCAGGCGAUGAGGAGGAGGCCGGGCCUGGGCUGUGCCGCAAUGGGUGGGCACCUUCGCUGUCGCCGGUGGGGCGUCGCCGCGGGCGCUUCGUCAAGAAGGAUGGCCAUUGCAACGUGCGCUUCGUGAACCUGGGCGGCCAGGGUGCGCGCUACCUGAGCGACCUGUUCACCACGUGCGUGGACGUGCGCUGGCGCUGGAUGUGCCUGCUUUUCUCCUGCUCCUUCCUCGCCUCCUGGCUGCUCUUCGGCCUGGCCUUCUGGCUCAUCGCCUCGCUGCACGGCGACCUGGCCGCCCCGCCGCCGCCAGCGCCCUGUUUCUCCCACGUGGCCAGCUUCCUGGCCGCCUUCCUCUUCGCGCUGGAGACGCAGACGUCCAUCGGGUACGGCGUGCGCAGCGUCACCGAGGAGUGCCCGGCCGCCGUGGCCGCCGUGGUGCUGCAGUGCAUCGCCGGCUGCGUGCUCGACGCCUUCGUCGUGGGCGCCGUCAUGGCCAAGAUGGCCAAGCCCAAGAAGCGCAACGAGACGCUCGUCUUUAGCGAGAACGCGGUGGUGGCGCUGCGCGACCGCCGCCUCUGCCUCAUGUGGCGCGUUGGCAACCUGCGCCGCAGUCACCUCGUCGAGGCCCACGUGCGGGCCCAGCUGCUGCAGCCUCGAGUGACCCCGGAGGGUGAGUACAUACCCCUGGACCACCAGGACGUGGACGUGGGCUUCGAUGGCGGGACCGAUCGCAUCUUCCUCGUGUCUCCCAUCACCAUCGUGCACGAGAUUGACUCGUCUAGUCCUCUGUAUGAACUAGGACGUGCCGAGCUGGCCCGGGCCGACUUUGAGCUAGUGGUCAUCCUCGAGGGCAUGGUUGAGGCCACGGCUAUGACCACACAGUGUCGCUCUUCGUAUCUCCCUGGCGAGCUGCUCUGGGGCCAUCGUUUUGAGCCAGUCCUCUUCCAGCGUGGCUCUCAGUACGAGGUCGACUAUCGUCACUUCCAUCGCACUUACGAGGUCCCAGGGACACCGGUCUGUAGUGCCAAGGAACUGGACGAAUGGGCAGAACGGGCUUCCCACAGCCCCAAGUCUAGCUUCCCCGGCUCUCUGACUGCAUUUUGUUACGAGAACGAACUUGCUCUGAGCUGUUGCCAGGAGGAUGAGGAGGAAGAGGAGGCCAAGGAGCGGGAUGAGGCGGAGGCAGAAGAUGUGGCUGCCAGCCCUCGUGUACUCACACCAACCCUGGCUCUGACCCUGCCCCCGUGAUGCCAGCUGGAGAUCCCGAUUUGUAUCCCCCUCCCAGAGAUAGCAAGAUGGCGAGAUCGAGCCCUCUCCCAGGACAUGGACAGUGUUCCCCAAGACCAACGGACCUGCUGGGUAAAUUAUUAGCUGGCGAAGUUCUGCCACGCCUAGUGGACCCACCGCGGACAUACUGGAUCUUAAUUCCUCUGCGUUCCGUGCUCCCUUCUGAGACCCCUUAAUCAGCUUGAUUCCUGAGUCUCACCAGAGCUAAGGGAUCCAGAAUUCUGGCCCACCCAAGAGGCGAGGGCUGGUGGUUCUUGAUUCUUCUACAUGGCUGGCUCAAAUUGUUGAGCAGGAUCAGGAAUCAGUGGUAUAGACCUCCUCUGGGGGCAGAAGUCAGCGGGUCAGAGCAGCAACAGAAAUCAAGAGUUUCUAGGUCUAGAUUGACCUAAGAUUCAAAGGACUGUUCCUGUUAGGCUCAGUCAACCAAGUAUCAAGUCGUUUUUUUCUAGAUCACCUAAGGAGGGAAAGUUAUGGAAUGCUGCAUGCAUUCAAGACUAUCUUGAUUGACCAAAGGCAAGAAACGUUGACCGCAAGUCAAGAAAAGACUUGUGGUUCCAGAAAGCCCAUGUUUUAAGAUUCUGUGAAUCUAGAUUGACCUCAGAGGCAAGCGGUGGUUCUAGAACAGGUUUGACCUAGAGAGUAGAACUACUCCAGAAACUAAAGAGUCGUGUUUCUAGAAUGCACAAAACAAUGGCGAGUCUGUGGGUCUGGAAGGACUGAAGUGACACGUUGGGAGUUCUCGAUGAUAGGUGUCUUCAGACCACUGGUCGAAGGACAUCGAAGCAAGGGGAUAAUCAAUGCUUAUUAAUGAUCCACAGUGUUUUUGUUUGUUUUUAAGUGCCAUUCUAGAAUGUCCAAAGGAAUCAAGAUUCUGUGGCUCUACAUUGACCACAGAGUCAAGGAAGGAGUAGCAAUCCUAGAUGUCUGAGAUUAACUGGUUCCAGUUUGCCCAACAGAGUUGAGAAUCUCGAUGAUUCUAGAUGACUUCUUCGUGGUUCUGUAAUGCCAAAAGAAUCUGAGGCUCCAGGGAUCUCGAGUUGUCCAUUAUCAAAACCCGAAAGUUCUAAUCAGCUCCCAGUCCUGGACUCAGGACUUGACAGGCAGCGUUUCUGGGUGGACCUAGAAGGUGAGGGUCUGGGGCAAGACCCUGUGGGCAACGGCUAGUUAUCAGGCAAGGGAAAGGAGAGGCCCAAGGCCGGUGAGUCGACAGUGCUCUGGAAUCCUACACCUAGUGAUGUGUGUCUAUUUCUUAAAGAUGUUAUACAUAUGUGUAUUAUAUAUAUAUAAUAUAAAUACAGAUAUCUA